AUGGAUGACGACCUCGACCUCGACGCUGCCGAUGGCCUCACCUCCCUCGCCUCGUCCGGCAUGAAGACCGCCCCCUCCAGCAAAGGCAAGCCUCAUGCCCCACGCAAAACCGCCGCCGCGGCCAAGCCAAAGAAGGCGCUGACGCCCGAACAGCGGGCGGCGGAGUCGGCCAAUAGGAAGAGUCGGAGGCACGCCGCGGACGCGAGGGGUGAAACCGUCGUGGCUGCUGCCGCCACUGUAACCGCGCAUCAGGAGGUCACCAACGCCCGCGUCGUGGCAGCAACGAGGGAGCCCUUCCUGGCCAAGACGUACACGAUGGUGGAUGACCCGGCGAUGGACGCCGUGGUCGCGUGGGGGUCAGCCAGCAACAGCUUCGCCGUCACCGACCCCUUCGCCUUCUCGGAGAUGUUGCUGCCCACGCACUUCAAGCACUCCAACUUCUCCAGCUUCGUCCCCCAGCUCAACACCUACGGCUUCCGCAAGGUCAACCCGGACCGGUGGGAGUUCGCGGACGCCUCCUUCCUCCGCGGCCAGAUGCACCUCCUACCCCGCAUCGUCCGGCGCCGGAACGGCGGCAAGCGUGGCAAGGAAGAAGCCGGCGAGGGGGAUGAAGACAUCAGCAGCAAGAUGUUAGCCAUGGAGGUGGUCCACCUGAAGGAGGAGCAGAGGGCCACCAAGGACCGCUUGGCGGCGAUGUGGCGCCCGGUGCAGGACGCCGAGUGCCGGCCCAAACUCAUGCUCGCCUUCCUCCUCAAGGUCGUCGGAGACCCCGACGUGCUACGCCGCCUCGUAGGCAACUCGAGCAGCAACGACGGAUUGUUCCCCGGCGAGGGCGCGGAGACCAAGAGGCCGCGGCUGCUUCUUAACGGUGAAGCCCAGAUGCAGGACGCCUUCGUGGGGGAACCCGGGGUCGACUUCACUGGGUUCUACACGGGAGGCGACGGGUUUAGCGAGGUGCCGGUGGACAACCCCCCGUACGCUUUCCCGAUGGACACCGGCUACUGA